GUUUAGACCAAACUGUAGCUGCUUUAUGUUUCGACGACCGUGUUCAGCUCUUGCCAAAACUUUAACUUCUCGGCCAUUCCGUCAUGUGUGCCCGACUCCAAAACAGAAACGUUUAUAUUCACACACGGAUGUAGAAGAAACGUACGAUUUUGGGACAUACAGUGUUAUCCUUCCCGAAGAACCUUUCGUAUUCGGCGUAUCCCAUAUAGCACCCAAACCGGUUCCGCCUUCGAUUCGCGUUCCACCUUAUGUCGGUAGCGGUCACGACGUUACACUGGAUGAUGAUAGCAUCAUCACGCUUGGCGGCGAGGAAGAAGCACGCGUCAGACGCGCUGGGGCAUUGGCAAGUAAAGUUCGAGAGUUUGCUGGUUCUCUCGUAAAGGUCGGGGUGACUACCAAUGCCAUCGACGCCGCGGUUCAUGAAUACAUCGUCGCCCGCGGAGCCUAUCCAUCUCCACUGCGUUAUAAGGGAUUCCCAAAAUCUUGUUGUACUAGCAUAAACAACGUUAUCGCACAUGGAAUACCAGACGACCGUCCUCUCGAAGACGGAGACAUUAUCAACAUCGAUAUCACAGUAUAUUUGGACGGAUAUCACGGCGACACCUCAGAAACCUUCUUGGUCGGAGAUGUAGACGCAGAGGGCCGUGUUCUUUGUGCGGUUACUUUCAACGCCCUGAGAGCAGGAAUCUCCGCCUGCGGACCCGGAAAGCCAUUCAAAGGCAUAGGACAAGCGAUACACUACUAUCUAGCUGGCACUAGAUCUCAGCUUGAUAUGGACUUCUGCAUAUCAGAACAAUUUACUGGUCAUGGAAUCGGGACUGCGUUUCAUGCCAAGCCCUGGAUAUUGCAUUCUUACAACGAAGAACCCGGGAUUAUGAAACCAGGUCAUUGUUUUACUAUCGAGCCAUCGAUUAUCCAGGGUACAGAUCUAAAGGGAUGGAUUUUCCCGGACGGAUGGGCGACUAGUACAACAAACUGCGCGCGCAGUGCUCAGGCCGAGCAUAUGAUACUAAUUACAGAAUCCGGCGCAGACAUUCUCACCCUCUAGCUCACGUACUAACAUUUGAGGCCCACCGCAUACGUACACCUGAGUGCUAUAUUUGCAGAGCACUGGUUUAUUUUUAAUCUGGCUAAUUAUGACUUUCUUGAUCUAAUAUUGUUGUUCAUACGGUCUAGUAUUGCCUAGAUUUACGCUAUACAUUGAGAUUGUCCGUACUGCAGGGAUAGACAGAAAAGCACCGGAUGAUUGUCCAG